AUGUGGAUCUUACCUCUUGUCGGGUACCUUGGGUCCAUCGUGGGCUUCUGUUUCUUGACCUUGGCUAUCGCCUCUGGUCUCUAUUACCUGUCCGAACUCGUCGAAGAGCAUACCGUCUUCGCGAAGAAAUUCCUUACGAAACUCAUCUACUUCAUCAUCGGUCUUCAACUGGUUCUUUGCAUUGUGGAUGGCUUCCCUGUCUGGUACACGUUGAUGGGCAUCGCGUCGCAUGUCGUCUACCUGGGAAACAUGCGACGUUUCCCAUUCGUCAAGUUGACAGACCCCCUUUUCAUGGCUUCUUGUGUGCUUGUCCUCGUGAACCAUUACUUCUGGUUUCGACACUUCGCGGACCUGCAACAACGAUCAUACUCCUACAUGCAAUCAAUGUACGACCAGCCCGAUAUCCCGAGCUUUACCGAGAUUGCCUCGUACUUCGGGCUGUGCGUAUGGCUAGUCCCCUUUGCAUUAUUCGUCAGCCUGUCUGCGAGCGACAAUACCCUCCCUACAAUAGGAACCGAACCGCAAUCGCAUGGUGGGAAUGGAAAGAACAAGCGGCAAGGCAUGGUGAAGGUUAUAGUUGACUACGUGCUCUCCGCUAUCGGGGAAGUCACCCGGUUAGCAGGGUGGAAGAGACCGGAGGAUCGCUUCUGA